AAAAGAAAAACAAACAUCAAUCUCUUUUCCGUCUUCUCCCACUGCCGACCUCUGGGAUCCUCUUUCUACCAUAUUUGGUAGUGAGUGGAAAAGCUAACCGGAUACUUCACAUUUAUACAUCCGGUUAUAUAUCUGUCUCGUUGUUCUGACUGUCGGUACUCAGCAGCUGGUGAAGUUAAGUGAAAGCUAAAAUAUGGAGGACAACAUAGACGUAGAAGCUGGAGAAAAUCCAUUUCAACCUUAUUUAGACGCUCUACGGAAGCAGUUAGAACACCAAGACCCCAUAUUUAUUAUCGGAAUUAUAAUUUCUUUGGCUGUUGUUGUCAUUAGUUUUGUGUUGUUGAAGUACUUCCUGAGCAGCAAAACUGUCCAAAGUGCUGUGCUGCUGGUUGGUCUCUGUGAUUCUGGAAAGACCCUCCUCUUUAGUCGAUUGUUGUCAGGAAAGUUCAAGAAGACCCAGACCUCCAUCACAGACAGCAGUGCCCCCUACAAAGCCAAGAACGAGAAGGGCAGCAGCUGGACCCUGAUCGACCUCCCUGGACAUGACAGUCUUCGUCCGCAGUAUGUGGAGAAGUUCAAGUCAGCAGCCAGGGCCAUAGUCUUUGUGGUGGACAGUGCCAUCUUCCAGAAGGAAGUGAGAGAUGUGGCUGAGUUCCUGUACUUCCUGUUGACUGACAGUGCAGUGUCCAGGAAUGUCCCCUCUCUGAUAGUGGCCUGCAACAAGCAAGAUAUCACCAUGGCAAAAUCUGCUAAACUGAUUCAGCAGCAGCUGGAGAAAGAGAUGAACACAUUGAGAGUGACACGGUCUGCGGCUCUGGGCACCCAGGACGGGUCAGCGAGGUCCAGCGUGCACCUGGGGAAGAAGGGCAAGGACUUCGAGUUCAGCCAGCUGCCCAUGAAGGUGGAGUUCCUGGAGUGCAGCGCCCGCGGCAGCAAAGGGGAGAACGGGCAGGCAGACAUCGGCAGCCUCGAGAAGAGCCUGGCCAACCUGUGAGAUGGCUGGGUCUUGUUAUUGACCAUCUGGUUCCCAUAUAGGUCACUACUUUGGCUAAGAGCCCUUUGCUUUAGGUGCAUUAUUGUGAACGGGCUGACUUAGGAUAUUUUCCUGAGGACUCUCAGCAUAUCAGGUGUGUCUCAACAGUCUCUCAAGACUCCAGACUCGAAUCACUAUACUAUGAUGAAGUGAAUAACUUCUUGUGCUGAUGUCACAAGGUCAUGUGAUGUAGUGAAUAACUUCUUGUGCUGACAUCAAGGUCAUGUGAUGUAGUGAAUAACUUCUUGUGCUGACAUCACAAGGUCAUGUGAUGUAGUGAAUAACUUCUUGUGCUGACAUCACAAGGUCAUGUGAUGUAGUGAAUAACUUCUUGUGCUGACAUCACAAGGUCAUGUGAUGUAGUGAAUGCCAAUUUGCAAAGAAAAAAAUGUCUGAUAAUGAAAAUAAAGUGUUUGCUUUUCUCCAGCAGGUGUUGUUGCUAUACGUUUCAAUGUUUCCACUAUAUUCACCUACAUUUUUGCCCCCCCCCCCAAAAAAAAUAUGUUUUCUAUAAAUUAUAACAAUAAAAACCUGUAUAGUAAAAUGUUUUUCAGUGUUAACGUAAAUGAUUAAAACCACAACAUAUGUAGGAAAGAUAAUGGACCUAUUUUUAUUUUUAAAUUUUUUAAAGGAGAUAUUUGAGAACUAACAAAUCACCUAAAUAAAAACUACAGUAAGGGAGAACAUAACAUUUCCAAAAUGGCGUUGAUGUGAUGUUUGAGUCACUCUGAUGGCAAAAUGAGUAGAAUUGCAGGAAACUUUGCCAUCGCUGCUGAAAAAAGAAUCUUGGGUGGAAAAACAGCGUUUCUAGCAAAUGACCCAGUGUGAAACAGUGUGAACAUCUGCCUACUUGUAUUAUUUGUGUUAAAUUAGCUUUGUCAGACAUCUAGCACUUAAAACCACCCUUUUCGAGAGACAUGUUAAUGUGGUGUGAGAUAUUUACUGACUCACCUCUAAUAGAUUACAACUGUUUGUAUUCCAAAAUCAGCUUUGUUCCUUUCUGGAACAGUUUAGUUGAAUGUUCAUCAGUUUGUAUAGUUAUUCAGUGUAUUAACAUUUGAGGGGAAAGUUGACCGUAAAUCUGUUAUGUUAUUCAGCAUGUAAAUAAAAUGUCUUUACAGA